GGAAUUGUUUACAUCUCAUUGAAAUGGAUCGUUGACUUUUCAACAGUUUGGACGUUCCCAUUUUUUCGCCUAGGUAGUCAAUGAGCCAGUUAGUCAAUCGUAUAUUCGCCUACUUGGAUGUGCAAAGUGAGGAAAAAAGCUCCGGGAAUUCUCUGACUCAGCUCAGAUACAUACAAUCUUCACUUGAAAUAUCCUGUGUAGUGUGCAUGGUAUGUGUUUGUGAAAAGGGAUUCCGGAAAGUGCCAUCAACUUUGGAAAAACUUGGGGCAAAUUUGCAUUUUACUGGCGACCGGGACCGGGGAAACACCCUGAACCAAAGACACAGGGAUAGACACGGAGCAAUGAGAAUGAAUUUGGAAUUCCAACCCAUCUGACUAAUGCAUGAAGAUAAAAGUGUGCAAGGAAGUCAACAACCGGACUAAACGAUCUCCCUUUUUUCCCUCAACCCUCGACGGGAAAGGCUGCGUCUAAGGCUUUUUGUCUUUCAACCAUAGCUCUUCCCCUGGAAACAGGCCAUCUUGGCGGGUUGUGACUUAAUCAAGAGAAUGUGACAAAAGGGGAUCAGCCUCAAUAACGUCGUCUAAUUUCGUCCCAAGUUUCAAUAUGGCUCCAUCUCUCCUGUUGAGGCCAGCCAGCCACCUCGAUUUUUGACUAGCAUGCAAACGAGGGUAACCCAGAGCCUCCAAAGAAGACCGAGGACUGAGCACACGUUUGAUGGGGCGAGGUGACAUAAUUUGAUGUGGGAUAGAGAGGAUAUUCCAAAGGGACCUCACUCCAAGUACGAACAGGGUGGAGAAAACUACCUCGUCUGAUGAUGAUGACGCCGCAGAGGACCCAUGGCCGCAUUUCAUUAAAAAUGUCCCCGAUUAAUAAUUCCGUUUCGGUUUUGUGCUCAGAAAAAGGCGGCAAGUUUUGCCCUCGUUGCGUUGGACUCGAACCUGCACUCAACUGUGGCUGGUGCCAUGUGAUUGAGGGUUGUACCACCCGAUCUCAAUGCUUAGAUGGCCCAUGGUUACCUUCGGGAAGCGUCUGUCCAUACGAAACGAUUGUGGGCAUUUUCCUCCUCAGCGCGACGCUAAUCGCCAUUGUUAUCCUCAUUACUCUAUUUCUGUUGAUGGCUUUGCUUACCAAUUAUUUCGUUAAAAACAAUCUGAAGAACAUCCCUCCCUCAAAAUACGAGCCCCGGCUGAAAGGAAUCGCCCCAACGCCAACUUUACCUCAACCUUUUCCAGCGGCGGACUGCCAAUCCAAUCUUGAACCCAUUUAUGCCGCCAUCAAUAAACACCGAAGACGUCAUGGUGACGGAAUUCAUCCACCACUUCCUCCAACUCCUGCCAGUUCCAGUGUGACCUAUGGCAAGACUCGGGCUCGCCUGAGCAAGGUCUCAUUUAUGGAUAUUGUUUGGCAAGACAACGGAGUGAUGACAAGAUCUUUGACAUCUGAGGAAUGCACGAGUAGAGCUAAUUCUAACUCUGUCACCCGGGCUCCCCCUUCUAUGGCCUCGGCAUCCAUGCCCAGCGAGCCCACUCCGAUGAGUGGCACCACGUAUCUGGCCGAAUCCCCCUUUUCCUGUCAGACCAGCAUUGUUCCAAUGACAAGGAAUCAAUUUUAUCUGGUUGUGCAAAUCAAUAUGAAUGGAGGAAACCAAGAUGUGGGUAGCGAUUCUUCAGCCAGCACCACCACGAAUUUGACAACACAAGCAGAGGAAGAGGAGGAAGAACCAGAGGUACAGGGAGAGGAGGGGUUCUUGUCCAUGCCACCCCGAGAUGACUUGGAGGAGCGACUCUCAUUAUCAGAAUUGGGAAUUGUCAACCAGGGCAGAUGUAAUACGAAGGAGGCUGAACUCGAUCCAAACACGUCAGAUGAUAGCAGUGACCACGGCGACGGAACCAUUUCUUCCUCGUUGUCUUCGACUUCGCUAGCUUCCUCCCUCCAAACUGUGAUCUUGGCCCCUUCUUACUCCUUGAAGAACGAAAAAGCCUGACUGAUUCCAGGCAGUGAAUGAAUGAUCUCGGUGGUACACUCAUUUCUUGGGUAUUUAGCUAGGCUUUACACUUGCAAAUGGAUGCCAUUGUGAACUGUUGACAAUCUGCCAAUAUAUCCCUAGGAUUAGGCGCAAGUAUCAGACGAACAUUAAUACCCCCAUGAAUGCAAUAGAUCUACCAAGCUAAAUCCCCGUCUUCUCCUCAACUGUACGGCAAUGCUCUCCACAGCCCACUGUUGUCAG